AUGCAGAACUCAAACCCCACCAUCAUAAAUUCCGCAGAUCUUCCAACACGAUUGCACCCUGCAGUGCUCCGCAAGCCCAGUGCCUUAGGAAGCACUCUUUCCCCCACUGCAUUAUUUCCUUGCACAGAUCCAAAUGAUCUUUUUUCUACUGGCUCUGUCUCAUCUGUUGCACCAGAAAAUGACUGUGAUUUGAUUAAGGAGCCAAUUGAUGAGCAGGAAAUUUAUGAUGUGUCCAAUUCUCACCUUCGAACGGUCACUGUUCUCAUAACGCCGACAAUCACGCACUGUAGCCUGGCUACCGUCAUAGGCCUUGGUGUGCGAGUUAGACUUGAGCAGUCCCUUCCACCGCGAUUCCGCGUGGAUGUACGGAUUAAGGAAGGGACACAUAGCACUGCUGAUGAGGUAAACAAGCAGUUGGCCGAUAAAGAGCGAGUUGCUGCUGCUUUGGAGAAUGGCACGUUAAUGGGCGUUAUCGCCAAAAUGCUGGAGACGUGCCAGUGA